UCCAUCCGGUGCCCGUUUGGUAACCAGCCGCUAGUCAAUGGUUCAGUUGUUAAUUUCGCUCACGACCCACAACAUCCCGCCGCAGUCCGCACCGUGUCUCGCACGCACACAUACCGGCGUUUUGCAUUCCACUGUCGGGUGAUUUUAAAUAAUAAAAUAAUAGGUACCGUUCGUCCGUCGCAAUAAUAUAAUAUUCAAACAGUGACUUCCAGUUGUAUACGCGAGUUUCAUAUCGAUCGUGUGGUGUUUGAUGAACGUAGUCGGUUGUAUUGUUUUUUAAAUUUAAAAUAAUAUACAUAUGUUUGUAUUUAUCAAAUGAUGAGAGAAACAUCCGAAAGACGUAUGCCGUUUUAAGAUAUUUAGCGACUUUCGAAGACCUGAAAAAAAGAAGCUACAAGGAAUACGACGUCAUGGAAAACCCAGCUUACAACCCUGAGGAAGGGCAGCGCAUGGCCAAUGAGUGCCUGGCCGCAAGGCUAUUGUCCGGUAAAGACAACGUGGCGGCCAGCGGAGGCACCGCGGUGUCCACCAUCUACGACCCACGCGCUUACGGCACCACCGUGAUUACGCCCACGCCGGGCGCAUUCCAACCGGCCGCUGCCCGAGAACCGGCCAAGAGGUGUACCUGCUGGCAACCGCCUUCGGACAUACCGCAUUUGCAUAAGUGCAAUUCGCCACCCAGGACCAUGUGCCACACCAACAUGUUCGCCCUGUACACUUUCCUGUUCUUCGCCGCCCUCAUAUGUCUAGCCACCAGCAUACUGCUGUACAUCACUCGAGUACAAGUCCCACACAAAGAUAAAAUCCCAUUGGUCGUAGAAGGAGAGUUCCAGAUUACAAACAUUCCGUACACGAUUGGCUUUGUGAAUAGAAAUUCUACGGAAUUUUUGGCUUUAAGCGCCCACAUAACCGCUCAGCUGGACGAAACGUUCAGAAACAGUGAACUAUUUCUGUGGUACGACGGUUGUGAAGUAACCGACCUGAGUCCCGGUCAUUCUAAAGGCGUUCAGGCUCAGUGCGAGAUAAAAUUCUUACAAGAACCCGAGUCAGCCAUCGGUAUCGGUCAGAUCGGCAUCGCUUUUUUGAAAACUCUUCGAAUUCAGCAUGGACACACCUGGCUGGGAAAUUACAGCGUCGACGUGCAGUCAAUCGGAUUCCAAGUGAGCGGAGAAUUGGGCGUGUGGACCGAAUGGUCCGAGUGGAGCGGAUGCGAGGAUCCGGGUGAUUACGUGGCCACCAGGACAAGGAAGUGUCUGACCCGGGAUACUCGGGAGCCCACUAGUGUCGACCGAUGUUUACUCAUACCUGGCAACAAGAGUGACUUGGACUUGAUGCCUUGCAGGAUAUACUUGUCACAAAACUCGGAUCUGGACGAAUACUUCACUGUGCCGCCGCCAGUAUCCACCUCCACGAACAAACCCAUUGUAGAGCAAGCGCCUACCAACAAAGUCACCGAAAACGUGGAAGACAAUUGGAUUUGCGACGAGUGCAAAGAAGACGAGGUAUGUUUGGCGAACCGAGAUGAAGGAAUUCUGCAGUGUUUGCCGAGCUUAGACAUCAAAGACCUGACCGGUUGCGGAGGCCAUUGCGGAGUAAACACGCAAUACUGCCAAAACAUACACAGGAACGCAUACACUUGUGUGGAUACGUCGUCAUGUUCCAAAAACGAAUUUGAAUGCGGUAACCGCAUAUGCAUACCCGACAAGUCCAGAUGCAACGGUACUUACGAAUGCUUGGAUCAGUCCGACGAAAAAGAUUGUGAAUGUAAUCCCGAGACGCACUUUCAAUGCAGCACUCAGUGUUUGCCAAAGACGAAAAUGUGUGACGGCAUAUUGGACUGCUGGAACGGCCACGACGAAAUGAACUGCACCCAUUGCGAAGAGGGUAAAUUCGCAUGUAACACGAACAACGAGUGUGUUAGCUUGCAUCAAUAUUGCGAUUCGUAUCCGGACUGCACGGACAAGUCGGACGAACCGAUAGGAUGUGACGGGCCCUGCAGGAAUAACGAGAUAACUUGCAGAAAUGGCCGAUGUGUAAACAUUUUGAAAAUUUGUGAUGAACUAGAAGACUGCGGCAACGAAUCUGAAUAUAAUAAAACGUAUUGUCAAUUUGUGUGAAAAAAACUAAUAUUAUUUUAUAUACUUUCGUACAUAUUAUAUACAUAUUUUUUUGCAAAUGUUUUUAUAUAUUAUUAUUAUUUUAUAUAUUAUUUGU